AUGGCGACCUUCGAGGCGUACGAGCGGCAGUUCAACGGCAUCGUCGACGCCUUGUCACACGGUACGCAUCACCAUAGGCCGCCACCGCUCGUCUCGUGUUUGCGCUCCUCCGCCCUGCAUGGUUCCCUGUGUUUCGCUCGUCGCUCCUCAUCGGUUUCAUCGCGUCGCGCGUCUCACUCAUCCCGACGUGGCCGUGCAGGUGCGUCCAGCGGUCGGCUGCACGAGUCGCAGCGGCGCAUCGACGACGCGGAAUCACUGGUACGUCGCCGCCGCUCCCCCCGCACCCUCUUCGAGUCCUCCAAGGCUCUCUCUUAUGUUCGCCACCUCGUUCGUCCCUCCGCUCUUCAGUCCCCACCCCGCUGCUCUCCUCCCCGCCCCGCUGCUCUCCUCCCCGCCCCGCUGCUCUCCUCCCCGCCCCGCUGCUCUCCUCCCCGCCCCGCUGCUCUCCUCCCCGCCCCGCUGCUCUCCUCCCGCCCGCUGCUCUCCCGCUGCUCUCCUCCCCGCCCCGCUGCUCUCCUCCCCGCCCCGCUGCUCUCCUCCCCGCCCCGCUGCUCUCCUCCCCGCCUCGCUGCUCUCCUCCCCGCCCCGCUGCUCUCCUCCCCGCUCCGCUGCUCUCCUCCCCGCCCCGCUGCUCUCUUCCCCGCCCCGCUGAUCUCCUCCCCGCCCCGCUGCUCUCCCCCCCGCCCCGCUGCUCUCCUCCCCGCCCCGCUGCUCUCCUCCCCGCCCCGCUGCUCUCCUCCCCGCCCCGCUGCUCUCCUCCCCGCUCCGCUGCUCUCCUCCCCACCCCGCUGCUCUCCUCCCCGCCCCGCUGCUCUCCUCCCCGCCCCGCUGCUCUCCUUCCCGCCGCACAUAUUCCUUCUUCCCCCCUCCUCCAGAUUCGCCAGAUGGAUCUCGAGGCGCGCUCGCUUCCCCCCACCGACCGCGCGCAUCUGCUGGCGCGCCUGCGCGCGCACAAGCUCGCGCUGCUUGCCGCCAAGAAGCGCGCCGCCGAGACGGGGGGGGGGGGGGGGAGUCGUGAUGGGCGGGAAAGCAGGGGGGCAAGCGGGGUCACGAGGGGUGGGGAGAGCGGAGGAGGAGAGAGCAGCGCUGCUGGAAGAUGGAAGGGACUAUGUGCCUCUAUCGAGGGCAGGGCCCACCAAUCCGUCUGCCAGUGGAACACCGGCGCGGCAGACCAGCGCGCGCGGCUGCUGCAAGUGA